AUGAUGGAAACCAUUCUCGAAGACGAAGCUGAAGAGGCAGGCCUCACCCCAGCUGAGCCCAGAAUCCCUCCCCUUUUCUAUGUCGAGUCCACCGAACAGCCUGGUGUCUAUGUUCGCUCUUUCAAGCUCCCUGAAAAUAUUUUCCCUCCUUAUCUAGAGCCAAUUCCUUUGUGGAUGAAGUCCAUGUUUGCCGUGGAUGCUGCCCCUUUACUACACGUAACGGGGUUUGACAAUAUCCCGCCUCUCUUUUUUUAUUCGGCUUCACAGCCUCUUCCUUCUGAGUUUGUCAUGCGAUUUAAUGACCGUCCCAAAAGCUUUUACCUUUCGCUUACUCACGAUAAUUCUCUUGUUAAUAUCCAUGACACUUCCCCCAGACUCCGGUGUGGUCCUGCCGCUCAGAGAGUCUUUCGCACCCCAGAGCUCAUGGAAAACAUCUUCCUCAAUCUUGACGCUGCCACCGUCCUCACAUCCAUCAAACGAGUCAGCAAGACCUUUAAAGAUGUGGUUGAUGGGUCUCUUGCCCUGCAGCGGAAGCUCCACUUCAAGCCUCAUCCGAAUGCCCAAACCGGUCUCCAUCCGCAGGCGAAAUGGAACAAAGAUGACCGAACGGAAUUCCCAAUCCUCAAUCCUCUCCUAGUCAAGCAUUUCGGAGGCUGCUUUUUCACUUUUGGGGGCGCAUACGGUUGCCUUCGCCGAGCAGAGUCCUUCUACGAAAACAAAUGGACUCCUCACCACCACAUGCUGAAGAAGGUCAACAUGAUCGGCAGAAAAAGAGUGUACACGUCAGUAUGUCCCGACCUCGAUGAUAGGGAAAUCACCCAAUCUAUUCAAGACAGAGAGCGCUUCACCCGAGCCAGCGCAAGUUGGCGCAAGAUGCUCGUGUGUCAGCCUCCAAUCUAUGACUUUGGUGCCAUGAUCUCCGAGCCCAGUAGCCCACCCUUUUCUCUUCCCCAGCAGAUGGAAAGGGCCAUCAUACAGGCUGAGGAUGAAGACCAUGGUCUCUGCAUGGGCCAACUCUAUGACUUUGUCCAGGAAAGGGCUGGCUACCACCCCCUCGACUCUGUGCGGUUUCGCCUUACGUGGUUCGAUUCCCAGGCCCCCUUCGUCUCAGAACUCUGCCGAAAUACCACUCGCCAGUGGAUCAUCGACGGUGUGGCCAUUGUGAUUGAAAUGUUCCGCACUGAGGUUAAUUUCCUGGCAUAUCAACCUGAUUCGCCAGAGCGCGACUUUGCGGGUUUUCAGAUUCGGCUGAGGGUCGCCUCUCAGUUCGAAGAGCUGGAUUGGAGCUAUUUCCUCGGCUAUGAUGGAAGCCUUAAUUGGGGUUUAGAGUCUGCUGCAGCAAUGAACAUUGAAAUGUACUCUAAUGGUCGAAUUGCCGUCAUUCCGUUGGGCAUCAACUUUGGGCAACUGUUGGCGGACUGCGGGCAGCCCAUCUUCGUACAUAAAACCUUCUACUUGGGUACCAUACGGUUGCAGUAUGAAGCCCAUCUUGAUCUCUCGUACGACGAUGCAUUCUAUGUCUACUUCAGGCGCAGUUGGUGCUACGACUGGACUGGACAGCAGCUGCGUAUACAGGAUCGUGACCUUGCACCUGCUGAAGCCCGCUGUUCAGCUGCUGGGCUGCUGUAG